UCAAACAUAUUAAAUAGCCUGGCAUAACACAUAGUAUUCAUCAUUCUGAACACAGUGUGUUGGGUGGAAGACCACAAGAAGCCAGGAAAAUCCUUAACCCGUAACGACAAUGAGCAAACCCAUCGUCUACACCCAUUACCUGAGUCCACCUUCUCGAGCCGUGGAUCUCUGCGCGACAGCUCUCGGAAUCGAGCUGGAACGUAAAGAAAUGAAUCUUCUCCAAGGAGACCAUCUUGAGCCGGGAUUUCUCAAGAUAAACCCUCGGCAUACAAUCCCAGUGCUGAAUGAUGGUGGAGCCAUUAUAAAUGAUAGUCAUGCCAUCAUGAUCUAUCUGGUGUCCAAGUACGGAAAGGACGACAGUCUGUAUCCGAAGGAUUUGGCCAAGAAGGCCAAAGUUGACGCUGCGUUAUGCUUCAAUUGUGGAGUGCUGUUUGCUCGAUUGCGCUUUGUCACCGAACCAAUCCUUCUGGGCGGAAGCGACAUUCCAGCGGAAAAGGCUGCCUACAUGGACACGGCCUACCAACUGCUGGAGGACACCCUCACGGAUAGCUACAUAUCCGGCAGCUCGCUGACCAUUGCGGACUUCAGCUGCGGUGCAACUGUCUCGACGGCGAUGGGUUUAAUUCCAAUGGACGAGCAAAAGUAUCCGAAGAUCUACGCCUGGUUGGAUCGCUUGAAGACACUACCGUACUUCGAGGAGGUGAACGGACGUGGGGCUGUGGAGCUACCGAAAAUUAUACAAACCAUCAUGGAGACGAAUGGUUCUAAGAAAUAGGAAGCGUUAAAAAUGAGAUAGUAAAAACAUAGGUUUGAUGAACUGUUCGAAAUAAACUUAUUUAUUUCCUACUUA